AUGGCCCAGCCCGUGGCACGCCCCGCCAUAGAUCCAUACCUCACACUGGGAGCAGCCGGGGAGAACCCUUCCGGGAAGAGGCUGGCCUCCGCCUUCUCAGGGAAGAUCCCAUCUCCACCCUCCUACAAGCCCACGCUGAGUAACUCCUUCACGCGGCCAAGCACCACCAAAGUGCCUUCAUCACAGGCCCCAGAGGGCCUGAAGCCAUCAUCCUCACCCAAAAUCCAGCUUGUGUCCUGGCAUCAUUCAGGGGGCACUGGAGACUGUGCAUUCCAGCCCAUUGAGCACAAGGUACCCAAGAGCAAUGGCAUUGUUAUACACGGUGCCCUUGCCCAUAGCACCGUGUCUACCCCUAGCUCCUUACACACUUCCGCCACCAGUGUUGCCUCUCCCCAGUACAACCACAGUAACUUAGUCAUGAGGGUAAAGCCACAUCCCUGUGGCCUGAAUGGCGACCCCGUUUCCCAGGCUCUGACCAAGGAUGCUCCGUUCACUGAGGCUGUGAGGCAGUUGACUGCAAGAAGCUUUGAGAAGCCGAGGCAAGGCCCCCAGUUUGGACAGUCUUGUUUUGGGAACCCAAGCUUGCAAUGGGAUGAUCUCAAAAGGAGCAGGCGGUGGAAACCUUCUGUGGUACGCCAGCAGUGCCCCCAGGAGGGCACCCCCGCAGACAACAGGAUCCUCCCUGGAGCCUCAGACACCUUGGAGUUGGACAGUACAGUCUUUUGUACCAAAUGCAUCAGCAUUCACCUCCUCGCCUCACACGCCAGUGAGCUCAGCCACAGCCCUGUCUGUGGGUCUGCGGUCGACCCCCCACCGCCUCCAGGAGAAGACAAGACGCCUGUGCUGCCUUCUCCCGCUCAGCGCUGUGACUUAGCAGCUGUGGCCUACCACCUCUCUUCUAUCCAUCUGGACCAGCAUGGGAAGGAGGAGCCUGUAGGAGCCAGGAAGCUGGACUCACUUGCUGAAGAUACUGGUUCAGCUGCUGACCUCCAGCCAGACCAGGGGGAGGCUGAGGAUCUAGAAGAAGAGCUGAUAGACGGUUUGGAAGACUGCUGCAGCAAUGAUGGGAAUGAAGUGGAGGAGGGAGACUCAGAGUGCUCCUCAUUCAGUGCUGUCUCUUCCAACGAGUCGAUAGCAGUGAUCUCUCGGGGCUGCAUCGAGGCUCUGACCACACCUCUUUCCAAUGAAAAAGUUGUUCGGCCAGCCCUUACCUACAGUCUCUUUCCCAAUGUUCCUCCUACCAUCUACUUUGGCACUCGGAAUGAGAAAGUGGAGAAACUUCCCUGGGAACAAAGGAAGCUGCUGCGGUGGAAGAUGAGCUCAGUGACCCCGAACAUUGUCAAACAGACCAUUGGACGGUCCCACUUCAAAGUCAGCAAGAGAAACGAUGACUGGCUGGGCUGCUGGGGACACCACAUGAAGUCUUCCAGCUUCCGGUCUCUUCGGGGGUACCAGAAGCUAAACCACUUUCCAGGUUCCUUCCAAAUUGGGCGCAAGGACCGGCUGUGGCGGAACCUAUCCCGCAUGCAGAGCUGCUUUGGCAAGAAGGAGUUCAGUUUCUUCCCCCAGUCUUUCAUCCUGCCCCAGGAUGCCAAGCUCCUGCGCAAGACCUGGGAGAGCAACAGCCGCCAGAAGUGGAUUGUUAAACCACCAGCAUCAGCUCGGGGCAUUGGCAUCCAGGUCAUUCACAAGUGGAGUCAGCUCCCCAAGAAAAGGCCCCUUCUGGUGCAGAGGUACCUACACAAACCCUACCUCAUCAGCGGCAGCAAAUUUGAUCUGCGAAUCUAUGUUUACGUCACCUGCUAUGAUCCUCUGCGGAUUUACCUCUUCUCAGAUGGACUCGUCCGCUUUGCCAGUUGCAAGUAUUCUCCUUCCAUGAAGAGCCUUGGUAACAAGUUCAUGCACCUGACCAACUACAGUGUCAAUAAAAAGAAUGCUGAGUACCAGGCCAAUGCUGAUGAAACGGCCUGCCAGGGCCACAAAUGGGCACUGAAGGCUUUGUGGAACUACCUGAGCCAGAAGGGAGUCAAUAGUGAUGCCAUCUGGGAGAAGAUAAAGGAUGCUGUUGUCAAAACCAUCAUCUCGUCAGAGCCCUAUGUGACCAGCCUGCUGAAGAUAUACGUGCGGCGGCCCUAUAGUUGCCACGAGCUCUUUGGUUUUGACAUCAUGCUGGAUGAGAACCUUAAGCCCUGGGUCCUGGAGGUCAACAUUUCCCCGAGCCUCCACUCUAACUCGCCAUUGGACGUCAGCAUCAAAGGCCAGAUGAUCCGUGACCUUCUGAACCUGGCGGGCUUUGUUCUGCCCAACACAGAGGACAUCCCCAGCUCCAGCUGCUCCAGCAGCUCCAGCAGCCUGCCCAGCUCCCCCAGGGACAAAUGCCAAAUGGCCCCAGAACAAAUCACUGCACAGAAGUUGAAGAAAGCCUAUUACCUGACGCAGAAAAUUCCUGAUCAGGACUUCUACGCGUCGGUGCUGGAUGUCCUGACGCCGGAUGACGUUCGGGUUCUGGUCGAGACGGAAGACGAGUUUUCCCGCCGCGGUCAAUUUGAACGAAUUUUUCCUUCUCGGAUUUCUUCUCGCUAUCUCCGCUUUUUUGAGCAGCCACGUUAUUUCAACAUUCUCACCACCCAGUGGGAGCAGAAGUACCAUGGCAACAAGCUCAAAGGCGUGGAUUUGCUCAGGAGUUGGUGCCACCAGGGGUUCCACACGGGAGCCAUCACUGAGUCUGCUCCAGUGUGGUCUCUCCCGACAUCGCUUCUGACGGUGCCAAAGGGUGAUGGGGUCAGUGCUUCCUCCAAACCAGAUCCUGGCAAGCUGGGGAAAGCCAUUUCCUCAAAAGACAGUGAAGACGCCGGCAAAGAGCCCAGCCUCUCCAGGCAGCUGUUACCUGUGA